AUGGGUGCUCCCCUUUAUAUCUCCAUUUCACAGCACUUUGGUUUCUUUGUUUCUCUCUUGACAAACACCUUACUACUGUACCUGAUCAAGACUCGAGCUGACAAAUUAUUUGGAAGAUAUCGAGUUCUGAUGAUUUGUUUCUGUGUCUACUGUCUUUUUUAUGCUACUGUGGAGACGCUGGCGUCGCCGGUGGUGCACAUUCAUGGUGCUGGUAUCUUAUUCUAUGUGAACAGUUUUUUGAAGAAUGAUAUGUUUUGGGGAAUGGUGAUGGCUGUCGCCUACUCGGCCUGCUUUGCAUCCUGUAUCUCACUACUGGCCAAUCAUUUUGUUUUCCGGUAUAUUGCGGUGUGUAGAAGCAAUAAACUCUACUACUUUGACGGAUAUAAACUCUACUUAUGGUUCAUCCCUCCUCUCUUUAUGCUCAGUGUCUGGGCUGCUGCAAUUCAAUUUCUCUAUGAUCCCACUGACCCAGAAAGAAGAGACUACUUUAGAAAUAUGACAAAAGAAGUGUACGACGAGAAUAUCGAUAAGCUGGCAUAUAUUGGUCCAGUGUAUUAUACCUGGGAAAACGGGAAGCGUCAGUUUCGACUUCAAGACGUGCUUGGAUCAAUGGUGAUCUCCAGUAUUAUUAGUAUUUCCUUCACUACUUGUAUCGUUUGUGCCUAUAAAACGUACAAAAAGCUCGAUGACUUAUCCAACCAAAUAAGCAAUAAAACACGUGACCUCAACAAACAACUAUUCUGGACACUAGGACUCCAGACCCUCCUUCCUUGCUUCACUCAAUACAUUCCUGUUGGACUAAACUUCACUCUCCCGUUAUUCGAGAUACCAGUCGGAAAAAUUGCGAAUCUUGUUGGAGUCACCCCAUGUUUGUACCCUGCUUUAGACCCGUUAAUUGCAAUAUUUAUGAUUAAACGAUUCCGGAAUUGGUUGUUUCGAAAGGAGUCUCCGUCGCAAGGUGGAAGCGGAGCGAGGGUGCAUGCACACGUUGUUAACAUACAUGAUUCUAAUUAA